AUGCUUACGCAUCGUGGAUUCUCCGCAUGUAUAAUCUCUGAGGGCAAACCGAUCCCCGAGUAUCUUGCUGCUGUUGUCGGCGAAAACCCAAAGACAAUCUCGUGUUGGAUCCCGAGUGAGGUGGGAAAGACUUUUACAGUAUACUGGAGAGAUGAAGGGACAAAAAUGCAUUCAUGCGCAUUUAUUACACUUGACGGAUUCGUAGUUCCUGGUCGGUUCUUGUUUGGCGAAGGGGAGACUUGGAGGAAUGGCGUAAGGUCAGGUCCGCAUACAGAAAGGCCCUUCAUGUUUGCACAGAGGCCAAGCUCGGGUGCAAGUGAGCAAAGCAUGAAGGACGCUGGCUCUAUCAUGCUCAAGAUUCGACUUGUCACGCUGGAUGGGUCGAAGGCAGCAAAUCCACUGCAGAAUAUUCCAGAUUUGGACUCGCAAAGUCACCUAGGCGAUCAUUGUAUUGGGUACGGCCAGGAGAUGGACACAUACAAGCAGUCACCCAUAACGUGGAAGGUGAAGGCGUCCGACCAGGGCAGUAACAGGUCACACGUUACCUUUCUGUUCCGGUACAGGUCUCCCGAGUGGCUGAUGGCGCAAGGAAUAAUGCCCACUGAACUGCAGGUGCCAAAAAAUCUUCCUGUGAAGCGACGGGUCGCCAGCGCACCCGUUGCGCAAUCGGUGAACGCGCCGAUUACCCCAAGCCCAAGUGCUUCCAACUCGAAAAAGGCUGAA